AUGAACGUUGGCUACCUGCAACAGAAUUUCCAUGACUUCUACCCACCUCCUCGCUGCCCAACCCCAGGCUGUGUCAACAAUAGCAACACCGUGUUCAGAAAGGAGCCCACAGAGGUCAGAAUCCAAAUCCAGUUGCCGCCUCCGUUCUGGGAUCCAGAGGGCAGACUACGGAAGCAGCCUCCAAUGCAAUUUGCAAGAUGCAUUGCAAUUUGCGCUGCAGCUAUGAGUCAGAGCCUUCGUAGGAAGGAGAUGGUGCCAGCAGGAAGUGCAGGACUUCCUCCAGAAAAGAAACAAGAAAUUGACCCAGUAGCAAUUUCUGAACUUUUCACAACUUUGCCAGUCAUACAGGGAAAAUCAAGACCAAUUAAAAUUUUAACUAGAUUGAUGAUUGUUGUUUCGGAUCCAUCACACUGCAAUGUUUUGAGAGCAACUUCUUCAAGGGUUCAACUCUAUGACAUUGUUGCUGUUUUUCCUAAGAUAGAAAAACGUUUUCAUGUUGCUUGCACACAUUUAGAUGUGGAUUUAGUCUGUAUAACCGUAACAGAGAAGCUACCAUUUUACUUCAAAAGACCCCCUAUUAAUGUGGCAAUUGACCAAGGUCUGGGCUUUGAACUUGUCUAUAGCCCUGCUAUCAAAGAUUCUACAAUGAGGAGGUACACAGUUUCCAAUGCUCUCAAUGUGAUGCACAUCUGCAAAGGAAAGAACAUAAUUAUUUCUAGUGCUGCAGAAAGGCCUUUAGACAUCAGAAGGCCUUAUGACGUUGCACACUUAGGGUUGCUGUUUGGGCUAUCUGAAAGUGAUGCUAAGGCUGCAGUGUCCACCAACUGCCGUGCAGCACUUCUCCAUGGAGAUACUACAGAAACUGCUUUUGGAAUUAUUUCUACAGUGAAGAAACCUUGGCCAUCAGAAGGAGAUGAUGAUUCUUUUCCAGCCUGCAAGAAAGCCAAGUCAAAGAAGCCUGAAGAGCCAGUGGUGAUGAAAUCAUAA